AUGGUAGAGAGACUCUGUAAAAGGAAAGAUGGUAGUCAAUGCAGAGAAAACUUCAGCCAGAUUCCAAAUCUUAAUGAAAAGAAAGAAACUCCUACAGAAAUAAAGAAACCUAAAUCCAGGUUGUGUAGGCAAAUCUUCAUGGGUUAUUUAUCCUUGAAUAACCAUCUGAGCGCUCACAUUGUACCCAAACUAUACCUCUGUCAGGAAUAUGAAGAAAGCCCUUAUAAAUGUAAGGAACCUACGAAAGCUUUCAAGUAUCACCGAUAUAUUCGGAGACAUGAAGGCAGUACCAGUGGGAAAGCUUUCCACUAUUCAACUUUCCUUAGAAAUCACGAAAAAACGCAUAUUCCUCAGAAACUGUAUGAAUGUAAGCAAUGUGGGAAAACCUUCAGUAGUCUCAACUCUCUUCGAAGACAUAAAAGAAGUCAUGAUGGAAAGAAGCCUCAUGAAUGUAAGGAAUGUGGUAAAACAUUCCUUUUUCGAUGUAUUCUGCAAUGUCAUGAAAGAACUCAUACUGGGGAAAAACCUUAUGAAUGUAACCAUUGUGGUAAAGCUUUCACUAGGCCAGCUUCCCUCCGAUGUCAUGAAAGAACUCAUACUAAGGAAAAACCCUAUGAAUGUAAGCAUUGUGGGAAAGCUUUCAGUUCUCCCAGCUCUCUUGGGAAACAUAAAAAGAGUCGUGAUGGAAAGAAGCUGCAUGAAUGUAAAGAAUGUGGUAAAACAUUCUGUGAUCUACGUGCCCUCCGCGUUCAUGAAAGUAUUCAUACUGGGGAAAAACCUUAUGAAUGUAAGCAUUGUGGCAAAACUUUUUCUUAUCCAACUUACCUCCGACAUUAUGAAAGAACUCAUAAGGAAAAACCCUAUGAAUGUAAGCAAUGUGGAAAAACCUUCAGUAGUCUCAACUCUCUUGGAAGACAUAAAAGAAGUCAUGAUGGAAAGAAGCCUCAUGAAUGUAAGGAAUGUGGUAAAACAUUCCUUUAUCGAUAUUCUCUGCAAAGUCAUGAAAGAACUCAUACUGGGGAAAAACCUUAUGAAUGUAAGCAAUGUGGGAAAGCCUUCAGUUAUCCCAGCUCUCUUGCAAUACAUAAAAUAAGUCAUGAUGGAAAGAAGCAUCAUAAAUGUAAGCAAUGUGAUAAAACAUUCCUUUAUCAAUAUUAUCUCCAAUGUCAUGAAAAAACUCAUACUGGGGAAAAACCUUAUGAUUGUAAGCAAUGUGGGAAAGCCUUCAGUUAUCUCAGCUCUCUUCGAAGACAUAAAAAAAGUCAUGAUUGAAAGAAGCCUCAUGAAUUUAAAGAAUGUGGUAAAACAUUCCGUGAUUGAUGUGCCCUCCGAGCUCAUGAAAGUAUUCAUACUGGGGAAAAACCUUAGGAAUGUAACCAUUGUGGUAAAGCUUUCUCUCAUCCAACUUACCUGUGAUAUCAUGAAAGAACUCAUAGUAAGGAAAAACACUAUGAAUGAUAGUGUGGGAAAGCCUUUAUUCAUCCUAGUUCCCUUUAAAUUCACCUAAAUAGUCAGUGGAGAGUAAGCAUAAUGAAUGAAAGAAUUCACACGGAAAAUAAGCCCUAUUGUGUAAAGAUUGUACAAAAGCCUUUGACCAUCCCGAUUCUUUUUCUUUUUUUUAUACUCACCUGAGGAUAUUUUUCCCUUAAGAGAGUGAAAAUUAGAGAAAA